AUGGCUGUUGUCUUCAGCACACUUCCGACUGAUAUGGGUGAACAGCACGUGGUGCUGAGUGUCAACGGCACAGAGGAACCCUUGGUCAAGGAGGUGUCACCAUUCACUUUCACAGAUGGCAGUGUAUACACUGUGUGGGUGGAUUAUGAGCCUAGGAAUCCCAGCAGCAUUCAAGUGUUCCUGGCGGAUUCAAAGAUGAAGCCAGAGGAGCCACUGCUGCAGGGGAAGGUGUCGCUGUGUGCGGUGCUGCAGCCUGGAGUGAAGCAGACGGCGUUCUCAUUUGGUUUUGUGGCGUCCACCACUGUGAAGCCCUUCCAGCUGCAAGGCAUUUACUCCUCCGCUGUGCAAACAGGCAAGGUUAUUUCGGCAGGCGCUCCUUUACCCAAGCCAGUCCAGUCCAAUGAGCAAGCCAGUCCCUUUUCGCGCUAUGUGAGUGCGGACUUCAAGCUGUCUGCCACCAGAGCGGACUCGUGGAGCAUUCGUGAUUUCCACACGUGGGACUCCGUGCCCUUCCUCAACUGGCCUGUCAAGAACCAAAAUGACUGCAAUGCGUGCUGGGCGUAUGCGGUGGUGGCGAGUGUGGAGGCGGCAUACGGCAUUGCAAAGCAGCAGAGCGCUCCCCGGCUGGCUGUGGAGGCGCUCUUUGCGCUCAUGGGGCUCUCCGACUCUGACAAGUGCUCCGCUGGCGGCUCCCCCACGCAGGCCUUUGAGAAGCUUGUGGCACUUGAUGCCACCAGUGGGCUCACAGGGGCCAGCGACCCGGCAACUACAUACCCGGUGCAGGCGUUUGAGCGAGCGCAGUUCAAGGGGUAUGUGGGUCUCAUGCUGGCAGUGCAGCGGCAGCCAGUGUUGGUUCACAUCGAGGCAUCUCCAACCUUCAUGCGGUAUGAUGGGGAUCCUGGUUGCUACACAGGCAAUCUCAACCAUGUUGUACUCGUUAUUGGCUACUUCAUUACAAGAAAUGAUGGCAGCCAGAACCGCAUUGCUCCUCCGUUUUGGAUCAUCCGCAACUCGUGGGGAGAGGAUUGGGGCAACAAGGGCCACAUGCGCAUGGACAUUCAGGGAGGGGAUGGCGUGUGUGGCAUCAACGUGCUGCCUGGCAUCUACCCCAUUGUAAAGAUUCCAGGGGACCCCUGCGGAGAAAGGAGCUACAAGGGCGAUGGGGAUUUGCAGCCCAGCAUGAACCCGUGUGGCAGGUUCCAGUGCCUGGGGACGACAGCAAGCAGCAAUAACUGCACCUGCAAUAUUCCCACCGCUACUGUGCAGCCUUUUGUGGAAGUUGCAAAUGGAAAUGGCUCCACAUGUGCUUAUGGUAAGAUCAGUGGCAAGUUAAAGGCUAACACCACGGCCACCACAGUGACAGUCAGUGGAGACAACUGGUGGUGCUCAGAUGUUCAUCCGCUUAUUGGCCUCUCACUGACUGACUUCACAGACCAAAACAGAGGCAUUGACUGCAGCCAGCCAUUGCCCAAGGGAAGUGUCCUUCAGCUGGCUAAUACUCCUGCCACACCAUGCACUGCUUUCUUCUACUCCCUCAAUGGGGACACCUGUGCAUCCAUCAGCACAUCGCUCAACUUCAAUUACGGAAGUCUCACAACUCUCAACCCCGGCCUUGACUGCUCCAAGCCCAUCAAGGCGGGCCGCUCUGUGUGCGUCGAGCGCAGUGCUUCCUUUGCAUUCACCGUGCCUGAGUGUGUGAGAUACGGCACGCUCACACCUCGAGACACGUGCGAGCAGCUGCUUCAAAGGACCAGCAAGAGCGUGCCCCCUGCGGAAGCCAAUCCCAAUGACAAUUCACAAGGGGGUGCCAGUGAGAAUCCAUGGGCUGCGCUGUACCGCAACAAUCCCGGCCUCACUUGCUCCAACACCAUCCCUUCCUCUGCCUCCGCUAUCGGCAGCAAUAUUGGUGUGCAGGGCAGAGUAUUGGUCGUUCACGAUGGGUUUAUGCAAGAAGGGUAG